AUGACCCUGGCGGCUUCCUCCCAGCGCUCCCAAAUCAUUCGCUCCAAGUUCCGAUCUGUCCUCCAGCUUCGGAUCCACAGACGGAAUCAGGACCCGAUCUCAGAUCCAGACCCGUGGAUCUCAGCCUCAGGCCCGGCUCCUGCCCCAGCCUCGGCCUCGGCCUCGGGCCCUGCCCCUUUCCUCUUCAGCCCUGGGGUCCUGCUCCCUGAGCCAGAAUAUUGUCCUUGGAGGUCUCCAGAGAAGGAGUCUCUCAAGGUCUCCCAGCGUUGGAGGGAGUCCAAGCCCAGGGGGAAUUUGACGAACCACCAGUACAUGCCCCCAGAGCCGAGACAAGGACCCAGGUUAGACCCCCAAGCCGAAGAGGGGUCAUCCCUGGGUCCUCCCAGGCCACCUCUGUGGGAAGGGACAAACUCACAGCAGCCACAUCCUAGGAUGAAGCCCACUCCCCUCACUCCCUUCCCGCCAGGAGUCCCUAGCCCCUCGCCUCCUCCACACAAGUUGGAACUUCAGACCCUGAAACUGGAGGAGCUGACGGUCUCAGAGCUCCGGCAGCAGCUGCGCCUGCGGGGCCUCCCGGUGUCUGGGACCAAGUCUAUGCUCCUGGAGCGCAUGCGCGGCGGCGCCCCGCCCCGCGAGCGGAUGAAACCGCGGCGCGAGGACAGUCCCGCGGGUGCUCCCUGGCCGCGCCUCAGGCCUAAAACUCUGGGAGCCGCCCGGCGGCCGGGCUCGGUCAAGCCAAAUCCAGCCUCUCUCAGGCCACCUCUUCCAAGUGCUGCAGACACCCUUGUGACCGCUCCAGCUCCGGCUGCAACUCCGGCUCCGGCUCCAGCUGCAGCUCCAGCCCUGACACCUUCCUCAGCACAGACCUCAGCGGCCCUGACUCUGGAGGAGGAGCUGCAGGAAGCGAUCCGAAGGGCGCAGUUGCUACCGAACCGGGGCAUCGAUGACAUCUUGGAGGAUCAGGUGGAGCCUGAUGACAAACUGCCCCCCAUACCCCUGGACUUCCCCUGCUCCUUCAACGUGCUGUCCCCCUCCCCGGACUCUGAAGGCCUCUCAUCUGUCUUCUCCUCUUUGCUCCCGUCCCCUUCGAAUUCCUCAUCCCCCUCUCCCAGAGGCCCCACGGACUCCUUGGACUGGCUGGAAGCCCUGAGUGGGGGGCCUCCACUGGGCUCUGGCCCCCCAGCCCCUAGCAUCUUCUCUGCUGACUUAUCUGACUCCAGUAGCACCCGGCUGUGGGACCUGCUGGAGGAUCCAUGGUGACGGAUUCUAGGGCUUUCAGAGACUAAGAACUGGUGGGGGUAGACAGGUCACAGAGAGAGACUCCCUGAGGGUAGGGAUGAAACAUCCAGCAGAGCCCCUCCUCCAGACAGA